AUGGCUCGUACUAAAAGUUUGUUAGUUCUUCUGUGUACCCUGGCAGUAGUUUCGCCAAAAUGUUUAUCAGAUAUUGAUAUUGCCAAAGUGGAAUUAGAGGAGUACAUAGAUUUCAAAAUUCCAGACAUAAAUCCGCGAUACAGGCUGCACUACCACGUCACUCCACCGGUUGGGUGGAUGAACGACCCCAAUGGCUUUUCUUACCACGAUGGAGAAUUCCAUCUUUUCUACCAGUAUUAUCCGUAUGACAGUGUGUGGGGUCCCAUGCAUUGGGGUCAUGUAUCUAGCCCUGAUCUUGUCCACUGGAACCAACUGCCAACGGCUCUUCUACCGGAAAACGAACAAUGUUUCUCUGGUUCCGCGGUGAGCAUAGGCGAUACUAUGGCUUUGAUGUACACUGCACAUGAGGUUACAGAUAAAGAACCAUAUUAUAAUGAAAGUCAGUAUCUCGCCUUUAGUGAUGAUGGUAUUGAUUUCUACAAAUACGAAGGCAAUCCUGUUCUACCAGCAGCUCCAAAUGGCUCACCUGACUUUAGAGAUCCCAAAGUAUGGAAAUAUGGUAACGAAUGGUAUGUGGUACUUGGUAGUAAGACACUGGAUCAGCGUGGUAGAGUCCUGUUAUAUAAGUCGAAGGAUCUUAAAGACUGGGAAUUUUUAACAGUACUGGGAGAGUCACAAGGAGACAUGGGAUACAUGUGGGAGUGCCCUGACUUUUUUGAACUCGAUGGUAAGUUUGUUUUAUUGAUGUCUCCUCAAGGAAUGAAAGCAGAAGGAGACCGUUACAAAAAUACUCACCAGAAUGGAUAUAUUAUUGGUAGCUUUGACUACGAGACCAAUGAAUUCCAUCCCGAAGUAGACUUUCAAGAAAUGGACUUCGGGCACGAUUUCUACGCUGCACAGACGACAGAACACAAUGGAAAGCGGUACGUUGUUGCAUGGUUUAGCAUGUGGGAAGUUCCUCACGUAGAAGACGUGGACGGCUGGUCCGGAGCAAUGACGAUUGUGAGAGAGUUAACAUUAGUUGAUGAUCGAAUUAUAAUGAAACCAUUAGAUGAAAUGAUAGACUUACGCCACCACACUAUUAUGCAUGGACGUCUGAGGUCACAUGAGGUAACGGCUCUGCCACAAGCGACCGAAUUGAUUGUUGAAGGUAACAUAAAACAAAAGAUUGAACUGUAUCUUCAAGGUGUCGAUGGUGGUGGUAAAGUUUGGGUGCGGUGGGAUCCUGCUGUUGGUAAAGUAGUGGUAGAUAGAGGAGCUGGAGAUGUCAGACGGGUUGAAUGGUCACCGAUCGGGUCCACAACGUGGAGAAUAUUCCUGGAUGCGAGUAGCUUGGAACUAUUUUGUGGGGAAGGUGAGGUGGUGUUCAGUAGCAGAGUGUACCCAUUGGGAGGAUGGAAGUUGACUAACUUGAGUAGUCAGUCCCUAAAAAUCGAAGCAUAUCACUUAAAGCGAACUGUUCCAGCUUAA